AUGGUUGUUCUCGACAAACUUCCAGGCUUAGAAGUCAAUAUUCAAGUGAAUGGAGCCAAAGUUCAGGAAUAUGAUGACAAUGAGGAUGCAGAGAUUGGACCGGGACUGAGCGGCGAACAUCAAGCUUCGAGAACAGUAUCUAAGUAUAUUGAAGCCAUCGAUGGGGCCGAGUUCAGAAUUAUUUGCACUUUGCUACCCAAACUCGAGUUCAACGCGCCAAACCUCCGAGCAGAUGUAUCCGUAGAUGGCAAUUAUGCUCAAGGGAAAAUUCUCACAUCCGAAUAUAUAGGAAGAUCCCCAGUACGAUUUGAAGGCCCAAUCAUUUUCCAUCCUGCCGGACACCGGUAUACGUUACAAAGAUAUAGGUUCUCUGAGCUCUGCAUAUCAAGCGAAGAGGGACGACUCUCGAACCUAAAAAAAGAUAAGGCCGAAGCCGAGAAGGUUGGUACAAUUGAGAUCAGAAUUUGGCGCUCCUCCAAAUCAGUACCAGCGGGGCCUCAAAAUCUCCAGACCAUUAAGUCGACCUCCAAUACGUUUCAUGAGAAGGUGCUCAAGGGUCAAGCAAAAUCACACAAUGUUUCGUAUUCCCCGGAGACUGCUACUUCUGCACCUAUAUAUGUAAAUACCACACGAAUAGACGGUGAAGACUACCCCAUAGCCAUUUACAAGUUUAAAUAUCGUUCUAAAGAAUCUCUGAAGCAAUUGAUGAUCAUUGAGCGGACCCCCGAACCAGAAGAUAGCCCAACACCAGGUUCUGCGCCUGAUAUUGAUCUCGAUAAUUUGACCGCUGCUCAAAAGAAGCGCCUGAAGGCAUUUCUACGUAACGAAGGUAUUGCUGCCGGUCGCGCGUCUAAUACCCCCGACAGAAAAAUUAAGCGUGAGCGAGAGAAUGGUGAAGGCAGCUCAAACCAGACACGACGAAAGAAAUCCAGAAUUACAGAGGUCGUUGAUCUUACUGCAGAUUCUGACGAAGAUGCGUGA